CUUCUACCUUGAGUCUUCUGAAUAGCGCGCUUCUCUCUCUAAAACAAUUCCUCUAUCGGAUGUCAGAGCAGAAGGAAUUUUCAAGAUCCAUUUGGAGCUUCCGUAUGUAUAAUUGUUGUUAAUCAGUGAAUAUCACUCCUCGUAGAGAAGAUGCAGAGAGAAAACUCAAUCUCGAGCCAUUCAUAUCCCACUGUCAAUGUAUCGUCGAGCGACUAUGAUUUUCCGGCGUCACUUUAUCACAGCUUGAUGCCCAAGCAAUCUCCUGUUCCAGAUUACUCCAACGAUAUUUCCACACUAUCGCUUCCUUGGCUAAAUGGCGAAGCCUUACCGUCGGGAUUCCCUCAAAUCCAGCAGCAGAGGCUUCGUCAGGACUUUAUGUAUCGUCAUCGAGGAGCGCUCUGUCAUCUUCAGGACGUCGCGCAGCAGGCGCAGGCCCUCCGCCAGGAGAACGUGAAUCUCAAAGUGACCAAUCUUGACCUGAACAAUCGCUUGAAUUUGAUGCUCAAUCCGACUUCGUUUCACAGUGCGGAUCUCAGUCCGGAUUUGGACUCUGUUUUGAAUGGAAUGCGAAAGAUAACUGUGGGUGGUUCGGAAGAGGGUGAGAUUGAAGUCGCAAGAAAUAGGCCGGCGGCUAGUGUUGUGGAUUCGAGCCCGAAUUGCCUGCAGCGUGGUGGGGUGGAGAGGUUCCAUUUGCCCAAGAGUAUUUCAGUUCGUUCCAGUGGGUACCUGAAGGCAAGUCGAGCUGCUCGUAAUUGUGUAAAACAACCUGCAAACCAGAGCAAAAUCGACAAUGGAACGCAAAGGGUGUAUGUUAAAGGGGUGAAGAAAGAGCAAGCAGUGGAACUAGAAGUGUACAAUCAGGGCAUGUUCAAAACAGAGCUGUGCAACAAAUGGCAGCACACUGGCACUUGCCCCUACGGCAACAACUGCCAGUUCGCCCAUGGCAUCGAGGAGCUCCGCCCCGUGCUGCGCCACCCACGCUACAAGACAGAGGUGUGCCGCAUGGUCCUGAACGGGAUCCCCUGCCCUUACGGCCACCGCUGCCACUUCCGGCACACCCUGACUGACCAGGAGCAACUCACAAGAACAGCCAUGAUCAGCAACACCCACUCGGCCGCUCUCCUGCUGCCCCCAAACUACCACCAGUAAUAAUCCUUGACUCACUCUCUUUCGUUCGAUCUUCUUAUAUAUGCAUCAUCAUGAUCUUUCUCAUUAUUUUUGAUGGAAAUUAAGGUUUUGAUUGGUAAAUAAGAUGUAUAGAAAAUGUCCCUCCUCCUGCUGCUGCUGCAUAUAUAAAGAUUUUAACAAUUGAAUGAAUAUAUACAUAUACACAUUCAUGUAGAGUAGACUAUAGAACAUGUGAAGGAGGUCCUCAAACAAUAUUAUAUUUUGUGGGUAUGCCUCAUUUUUGUCCAAAAAUUCUCUGUUCCCUAUUAUGAUACAUACAUAUAUACACAAUGCAUUUAAGUGAGAUGAAUUUGUA